AUGUCGACAGAUACGGAGGGUGGGGAGUCGUCCACGAAGCCCGGAGGUUCGCGGCCUUCUUCGAACCCGUCCUCCCAGCAGGCCUCGUACACUCGCGUCGGCGUCUUGGUGGCCGUCCUGCUCUCCCUGGGCGGCCUGCUGCUCAUCUGGAUGAUGUUUGUCGGCGGCUCAAAGAAGGCCACCUCGCCGGACAUCAAGGGGGCAGCCCCAGCCGUCCCAGCUCGCGAUCAGUCCAUCAGGGCCAAAGAACCUUCGGGACCCCAGCAUCCGCUGCCUGGACCACCGCCAGUGCCGUGGUACAAAGAGCUGGACGAGCGCCGAGCCACCGAUCGCGUGUUCUUCAUCACCCGUCCUCAGGCCUCGACGUCAGAAAAGCCCGCCACGUCCAAGGCGGAACCCGAGGACUACGUGCCUCCUCUGAGGACGGACUUUCCCGAAAAGCUGCCUGGCCAUUUGGAGCCAAUCCACUAUGACGUCAUGUUCAAGGUGAUUCUUGAUGCGAGGCAAGAGCAAAAUUUUAUGUACGGAGACUCCUAUUUCCUGGGCAAGACCAUUAUCCUGCUGCGCUGCCUGAAGCCCACGCAAACCAUCUUUCUACACGCCACCGGCUUCACUGUGAAGGAGCAACAGACGACGCUGCUGAAAGAAGGGGACAGAACCUUCAUUGGGAUCGGGAAAAUGGCCGUCAAUGACGACCUAGAAAUGCUGAAGAUCGACGUCGAGACUCCUCUUGAGUUUAACGAGACGUACUCGCUGUCACUGGAGUUUGCCGGCUCGAUUAAUAAGUCGCCGCGAGGACUCUACAAGUCUUUCAGCAACUACGGAGAGCGCAUCACCGUGACAGGCACACACUUCCAGCCGACGUACGCCCGGCGAGCGUUCCCGUGCUUCGAUGAGCCCGCGCUGAGGGCCACCUUCAGCGUGGUGGUGGUCAGGCCCAAGAACUACCGAAGCUUCUCCAACAUGGCCAUCUCCAAGAGUGAAGAGCGGUCAAAAGAUUUCGUGGCGGACUACUACGAGAGGACACCACCCAUGUCCACCCACCUGCUUGCCUUCGUCAUCGGACCCUACAUGACGGCUGGCAGCGGCAUCAUCAAAGUACACGGAACGUCCCAGGAGCUCCAAAACAGCGAGUACGUCCUCCAGGUGGCGCCAACCAUCUUCUCAUACUACCAGGAGUCAUUUCGCAUCAACUACCCAUUCUCUAAGCUGGACCUGGUAGCCGUGCCCACGCUCCCGACGCCCGCAAUGGAACACUGGGGGCUCAUCACGUUCCAGCCAGUCUUUCUCAAGUUUCACAAAGAAGAGACGCCGUUCAAGCUGAAGAUCGCCUCGCUCAAGCUCGUGGCCCGCAAAAUUGCACAGCAGUGGCUCGGAAACCUGGUGACUGUUGCCUGGUGGGACCACAUGUGGCUCAAGGAAGGAAUCUCCGAGUAUUUGGCGUACUCUGCAGCGUCUGCAGCCGAUGCGCAAGCAGAUCUGCUUUCAACAGUGCUCGUGGAUGAAGUGCACAAUUCGAUGGAGUAUGACGGCCACAACACAUCCCAUCCGGUCUCGAUGCAGCUCAACACUCCCUUGCAGAUCCGAAAGCACAUGAACCCGGCCGUUAACGCCAAGAGCGUCUCGAUGAUUCGGAUGUUGUCACACCUUCUGCCAAAGGAUGCCUUCAGAGUUGGACUCAGGCAAUUCCUGAAGAAAUACAGCUACAAGAGCGUGCAACCAGAACACCUCUUUAAUGAACUUCACUUGGUUCAACGCAGCCUCCUCGGCCGCCUGUCCGUGAACAUAACGUCUGUGAUGAAUCACUGGCUGACCAGAAGCGGCUAUCCCGUUAUUUUCCUGAACCGGUCCUACUCCGAGAAGACCGCAGUGGUAUCGCAAAAACGCUUCAUUUUUGGCGAUAGCGGCGCCGUACCCAGAACCCUCUGGCAAGUUCCGAUCUCCUACGCUACCGGAGAAGCUCCAGACUUUGACUCAACUCUUCCAAAGUUUUGGCUCAAAGACAGAGAGGCGCUUAUGGUCGGCAUGCCUCCAAAGAAUCGCUGGGUCAUCCUCAAUGUGAAAGAAACCUUCUACUACAAGGUAAACUAUGACAAGUCAAACUGGCUCAUGAUCAUCAGUCAACUUGAGAACGACCACAAGGUGAUCCACGAGUUCAACCGCGCACAGCUGAUCGAUGAUUCUUUGGACCUUGCCAGGGCCGGCCAGCUGCCCUACCACUUGGCCUUCGACGUGCUCGAAUACCUUCCCAAGGAGCGCGCCCACGUGCCCUGGAAUGCGGCCGUGGCCAAUUUCCAUAAGUUGGACCUUGUACUGAGACACACCAGGGUCUACACCAAGUGGAAGAAAUUUGUGAAUCAUCUCUUAGACAGCCAGUACGAGCGGCUCAUGUCCGAGGAGCACAACGAGGAAUCGCUUCAAUUAUCGUAA